CAGGGUUGAGCGACAGAGCUGUCCCUCAUGCCAAUGCAACACCUCAUUUUGGCAACUACGGCUUAGAGUUAAAGACAUACAUAGGACAAACAUGUACUUUAACUGCAAUCAGUUUGAUAUCUAAUUUGCAGUCUUCUUCCUUAUUACUUAGUUUUCUCAACGCUCGUAGUCCUUGUAACGGAUAAAAACUCAGAAAAUUCAUCUUUAAAAAAGUAGUUGAUCGGACUCGGAUUCAACUUGGAGACAUCGACGAAAGCGCCUGGCCGCUCUCCGAUGAACCGGUAAGGAUUACAGAAUCGAAUUCGCCGUAAAGAAAUAUCGGAUUCGUAAUUGAAGUUCCGCGCCAUAGACUUCUUCCAAGAAAUCGAUCAAAUUUGGUAUCAAUUUGAGGACGGCAAGGUGUUUGUGAAAAUGCCUCAACGAGAUUGGCAUAAGAAUCUGAAAGAAGGGGAGAAUAUGAAUUCUGGAGAAGGAAUCGCCGCUUGGAAUGUGUUUGACAAUGUGAAGACCACAACGAAGACCCCAGAAGCUCUAAUGGCGGAGAUCAAUGCUGCAAUUUCAAAUUUCGAAUAUGCUCGAACCACGGCUUGUUUACAAUCUCCAAUUUCUCCCGACGAUUCAGAGGAUGGAGAAUCUAGUGCGAGUUUGAGAACUCAGUAUGUUGUUCGAAUGGCGGACGGAUCAUACAAGGCAGGUUGUGCAGCACCGACUGUUGGUAAGCUUGACGAAGCUCUUCAUUCGUUGAAUGUUUCUCUUUCGAAAUGCCCGCCUGAAAAAUCCUCUGCUGUUGCUAAGCUUCAGUCUCUGAUCUCGCUCACCUCUCACCAACUCCAGAUCAGAUCUUCUAAUAGCCAAGAAAUUUCAGAAGAUUGAACGGUAAAGAUUGCCUAGCUUCAUUCAAUAUGUUUUCUUCACCCGUUUGUUCUUAACUUUUUUCUUUCUGGGAUCAGAAUCCCUCUCAUUGUUCUUCAAUAAUCGUGCUUGACUGUGUGAAUAUGGGAUUUUCUUUUUUCUUUUUUUUUUUUCCCCUAAUUUUUGUAACCAGGCAAGGAGUCGCUGUUCUUGAGGACCCGUCUUGAUUUUUUUAUUAUUAAAUUUUAAUAAUAAUGCUUUGCUGGUUUGAAGAAAAUGGAGUAAAAUAUGUUUUUGGUC